CAACAGGCGUUCCGGUUUGAACGCCUAGUAGAUGGAGAUGGAAGUAGAAGGAAGAGGAAACCAUCUUGGUUGAAUUCGGUUUCUCACGGAUGCUAUACCAUCGACCGGUUAAGCUAUAUCGACCGUUCACCGAGUGCAGAUUCCGUUACCGUACAGAGAGAGCAACAGAGCGAAGAAGAGCGUGAAGUUUGGUUAUUUGCAGUGUCAGAUGCUGGAACCGGAAAAGAGAUUGUCAAGUAUAUGCAGAACCAUCUCUUUGAUAAGCUCCAUUAUAAGCAUGGAGUUUUGAGAAAAUGUAAAGAGAUUAUGAGAAGAGCGUACGUCGAGGAAGAGAGAAGCAGCGGCUCGGCUGCUUCCGUGACGGUGGUGAACGGAGAAAAGCUAGCUACGGCGAGUAUCGGCGGCCAUAGAGUGGUGGUUUGCAAAGACGGUGAGGCUUACCAAAUAGGAGCUAAAUCCUCAACAAGAAAUUGGUCUGAUUUUAUUUUCCCAGUUUGUAAUCAAGGAGAAACAGAUGAUGAAUCAGAUUCAAGAGAUUCAGAGCUUUCUUUGGUUACAGAAAAGAUUAGUUCACAUACAGAGUUUAUCAUCAUUGGUAGCUCUGGGAUUUGGGAGGUGAUGAAGAAUCAAGAAGCUAUUAAUCUAAUCAGACACAUGGAAGAUCCUCAAGAAGCUGCAAAAUGUUUAGCCAACGAAGCUUUAAACAGGAUUAGCAAAAGCGAAAUUUCUUGUAUCGUAAUUAGGUUUACCAACCAAGCGAGGACGGCCUAGUGGUCUUGAAGGAGCUUCGGCCCCAAUACGGACCCGGGUUCGAAUCCCGCUGGCCACUAGGGGUUAAAUUUAAAAUCUGGGCUUCCCCAGCGUCCGGUGACCGAGGCGUACUCCGGCCGAUAAUGUAGGCUGAUACGGACACUCGCCGCUAGUCUGGAUCCACUUCGGUGGAUGCCAGGAUACACCGGGUUAUUCAAAAAAAAAAAAAAAAAGUAAUUAGGUUUACCUAAACCGGUUUUUAACCGGAUAUUCGGUAAAUAUGAAAUUAAAAAAAAAAACAGAACCGUUUUCUUUUUUUUUUAUUACAAAGAAUCAAAUUUAAUCAGUAGCCAAUAGAAUUGCGGCGGUCGUAACAUUUACUUGAAACUCUCUCAACGUUCGACAACGCUUGAAAUCCGGCCGCCGUAUGACCGCCGUGAAGUUUCUUCAGAGGGCUAAAACCGGCGAG